AUGUCUCAAAACGAAAUUAGUAACUAUGUAAGGACUGCUGAAGAUGUAAAAAAAGUUAUAGAGCACGCAAAACUUUCAGAAAAUGAUCUUAAACCAAAUGUACAACCUAUUUAUUUUGGAGAGAAGUUUGAAAACUACAAACUCUUGCAGCUGGAUGAACACAUACUGGCAGAUCUUAAAUGUGGUCAAACUGUGGUAUUUAAAGGAGAUCAUAAAGAAUCUGCAGUAUUGUGUACUAAGUCUAAGACAUAUGAUGUUAAAGAAGCUGAAACAUCAAAUUCAAUUUUAUUACUUCCUGAAUUAACAUUUCCAGAUGAAGAGUUCAACAACAUGGAACUUACUAGCAGAAAAGUAGUUGGUAUAUUCCAUACAUACUUAGAAGUGAAACCUUGUAAACCACGUCUUACAAAAUUGAGAUAUUUACUAAAAAAUUGUAGUUAUAAAGGAUCAGAACUUGAAAAAGAAGUAUUGGAAACCAGUGAAAUGUAUACAUUUGAGCAUUUAUCAGCCAAAGUACAAGCCAGUGAUAAUGAACUAAAAGAUGCUCUUAAAGAAAUGGGCGCAUUCCAAAUUGAUGGUAAUUGGAGAGUACUAGAUUUUGAAUAUGAAUGUAGAGCUUUAUCAUUUUUAUUAAAUUUGAUUGAUGAACAGUCAUGGCCUUAUAAUACUAUACCUAUGGAUGAAACCCUCAAUAUUCUUGGUGAACUAUUGCCUCCGGUAAUACUGCAACAUAUUAUUGAUCAAUAUAGUACUUGGUGUGUAUCAUCAAAUUUAAGUCAAACACAUAGAUCAUUAAUUGAAGACAAAGUGUGUAGAUUUAUGGCUGUCGGACUUUUACGUCCAUGUGACAAAUUUAAUUUAUCUGAUUUUAAGACAGCCUGGCAAGGAAGUGUUCCAGAAGGUUUAUAA